UAGUCCACUCACACAUACACACAGAUAGACAAGCAGAGGCGGCUGUUAGAGAGGGAAGACGUAAUGGUUUGACUCCUGUGUGCAUUUGCGAUGAUUGUGACUCCUGCGUUACUCUGCACAUUCCUUAAACGGGAGGCGUAAUGAAGGCGGGGGCCUCGUCCAUGUGGGCAUCAUGUUGCGGGUUGCUGAACGAGGUGAUGGGCACGGGCACGGUUCGGGCACAGCAGCCAGGCUUCGGGGCAGGGGCGGGGCCUUUCCGCUUCGCCCCCAGCGCCGGGUACUCCACGUACCCCCCCACCAGCUCAGGGAGCGCCGGACAGCUGUGCAAGGCCUGCGGGUUGGCCUUCUCCGUCUUCAGACGCAAGCACAUCUGCUGCGACUGCAAGAAGAGUUUCUGCGCCCUGUGCUCCGUGCUGCAGGAGGACCUGCGCUGCUGCGCCACCUGCCACCUCCUGCGCGGCACCGCCUUCCAGAGGCCGCGCCUCAUGCAGCUGAGGGUCAAAGACCUGCGGCAGUACCUGCUGCUACGCAACAUCCCGACGGACACGUGCAGGGAGAAGGAGGACCUGGUGGACUUGGUGCUGUGCCAUCAGGGGACGAGGGAAACUCCCAGACCUGCAGUGGAAGAGGAAGAAGAGGAGGAGAAUGAGGAGGAAGAUGAAGAAGGGGAUGGAGACACGCACGAGGAGGAGGAGGAAGAUGACACGGACAGUCUCCACUCACAUGGCGCCUCGCCUCCCUCCCCCGCUCGCUCCGCCUCGGAACAGUCGGUCGGCUCCGCCUCUCAGGGAGUCGUGCUCAGCCCAAGUGACAGCUCAGGGACCCCCAGCCAGGAGCACGAAGACACGCCCACAGCCUCCCUCCUCAAUCUUGACAACACUGAAAAUAUCAUUGAGGUCAGCCCGGCGACGCAGAGGAGAAUCCGGGCCUCGCUGUCCGACCUGGACAACGAGGCCGCCAUUGAGAACCUGUCGGUGCGUCAGCUGAAGGAGAUCCUGGCUAGGAACUUUGUCAACUACUCUGGCUGCUGCGAGAAGUGGGAACUGCUCGAGCGAGUCCAUCGACUCUACAGAGAGAACGAGCAGAACACGAAGUCCAUGGAAAAUGUGAGCAUUACUGCAGUGGUCGCAUAUCCUCCACCUGUGUGCAACAGUGGAGAUGGAGACGGCGUGAAAACUCAGCUGUCCUCCGACGACAACCUCUGUCGCAUCUGCAUGGACGCCAUCAUCGACUGCGUUCUGCUGGAGUGCGGUCACAUGGUGACGUGCACCAAAUGCGGCAAAAGGAUGAACGAGUGCCCCAUCUGCAGGCAGUAUGUGGUGCGGGCCGUGCACGUGUUCAAGUCCUGAAACUGUGAGUCAGGUGACGUCCACGUGGGACUGUAACGGGACGUUCUUUAUCUUCGGUCUCCACAUCUUCUAACUCUGUUUUGUUCCAGCUUUUUCGAGAUUUUACGUCCACUUGAAGUGGAUCAAGUGGACAGGCAAGUGUGAUGGCAGGGUUUUAGAGUCAACACGGUUUACACACUCAUGACUCCUACUGUCAGUCAACUAUAAUAUGUGCAAUAUCGUCAAAAAGGAGACUUAUAUUGUGUUUUUUUUAAAUAUAGAAAAUGUCCAUUCAUUGUCAUUUUAGCAGAAGGGUGUAAGAUGCCAAAUAAUACGCCUCGACACAGCCCAUUUUUUGCUUUAGCAUCUCAUAGCCAGGAAGCUUUGGUGUGUUUAUGUUGUAAUCGAGAACCAUAGGAAACAGUUUAUAAUAAGGGUGCAAAAAUAGCUCAUUUCUAAAGGAAGUUUGGCACACAUCGCUGGAAUGAAAUCUAUGGAAGCCCGUUUCCGCCAAAAAAAAGUCCAAUUAUGAAAUAAAAAGUUGACUUUUUUUUAUUAAAAGUCCUAAUUAUGAGAUAGAUAAGUCAAAUUUAUUAUAAUUCAAAAAUUUUUCAUGUCAUCAUUAGGACUUUUUAUCUCGACUAAUAAAAUAUAUACAGUGUUCCCUCGCUACAUCGCGGUUUCAAUGACCUGCUGCUUUGUAGCGCAAUUUUGCAUGUUUUACUAGCAUAUGAACAUGCAUGGGGCGGCACGGCGGUCUAGUGGUUAGCGCGCAGACCUCGCAGCUAAGAGACCAGGGUUCAAUUCCACCCUCGGGCAUCUCUGUGUGGAGUUUGCAUGUUCUCCCCGUGCAUGCGUGGGUUUUCUCCGGGUACUCCGGUUUCCUCCCACAUUCCAAAAACAUGCUAGGUUAAUUGGCCACUCCAAAGUGCCCAUAGGUAUGAAUGGUUGUUUGUCUAUAUGUGCCCUGUGAUCGGCUGGCGACCAGUCCAGGGUGUACUCUCGCCCGAAGAUAGCUGGGAUAGGCUCCAGCAUCCCCCGCGACCCCCGUGAGGAAAAAGCGGUAGAAAAUGAAUGAAUGAAUGAAUGAAUGAACGUGCAUUGUGUUCUACAUCAUUGUGGUGUAUUAGAGCGAUCUAUCGGUGCUGGUUUUUUGUCUGUUAUUGUAUUUAUUACUGCUACAAGUAGAGGGUGUUGUAUACUCAUGUGGGAGUUGAAGACGUGUCCAGCUGGAGUAAAGAUGUCAUCCUUGAAAUACAGCCACAAGAGUCCUGGUUGACUAAGGGAGAAUCCGCCCAUUCUGAUUGAGUGUAGACCACUGUCAAUCAAUCUCCUUCGCGCAGUACUACCGUGUUUCCUGUUGUAUGAUCGCUAGUUGUUUGCUAACGUUUAUACAUGUUGAAGGAACGCAGAAGCUACGUGGCAGUAGGGCGCCAUUAUGGAAUACUGGAAAUGAAUCUUUGAAUGUAAUAUAAUAUGUAAUAUAUUUUAACAAGGAUACAAAAACUCUACAGCCAAACAGCACCAGGACGAGGUACGGUCAAAGGAGUGAAAUACAUGCAAUUCACUCAAUUUCCAACCUAACCAAAAUUAGUAUGAAACAAAAGAGAAAUGUGAAGAUAUUAUUGUCUGUGUAUGGUGAAGCGUUUUAUAUAAUUGUAAAAAAAACAAAAAACAGGUUGGCUACUUUGUGGAUGAACUUACUGCGGGCUAUUUUACGGGCGACAAAUGAGGGAACACUGUAUUAUAUUACAAUUAUUAAGACAAAUAUUUUUUUCAUUUUAAACGCAAAUAGGCUUGUAAUAUUAUGCAUAUAUUCUCUCCAAAAAUUAUAUAUUUUUUUCAAAUAUAUUUUUUGCCAAAAUAACGUCCAACAUUAUUCUCUUCAUUAUGUUAUUUUCUUUCCAGCAAGUUACAAAAAACAUCACAGAAAACCAUGUUGUUGUUGUUUGUUUGUUUUUUUUGCAAAUUCAUUGUUUAAUCCACAAAAAAACCCUACAAAGCUCAGGUUAAAAUGCUAAAACAUUGCCUGUUUAGUUAUUAAAGGUGGACAGUUUAACCCUGGAACGGACUUAUCCUAUUCCCAUUAUUUCCAAUGGUAAAAUAUUGGAUUGCAUUUUGUAGCAUCACAUUGUGUUGGACCCGAAAAGGUUCCACUGAAGUAAUGUACAAAAACAUUAGGCAAGCUUUAUGGUUAUUGGUAAAUAUGAUUUUUGAACGGUGAUCAUAAAUACCUUUUGUAUGAGUGGUACCCUUAUUUUAAAUGGUCUAGUAGUCCUCUUUCAUUUAGGAUUAAUGAAAUAACAACAAAGCACCAAGCAAUAGCGUCAAUUUAUGUUAUGCAAAAGGAAGCAACCUCAUCCACUGUAAUCAUUGGUGUGGAUCACAUGUAAGUGUAAUGCAUAGAUAGCUUCUAUUGUUGAUGAAAUAUAUGUCUAUUUUUCCAUGCACUAUAGCAGGGAGGCUCAAAGGUUUAUGAACAGAAUGUAUCGCUGCUGGGUUUUUGUCAUUUCAACAUUAAAUAUCUUAAUGGUCUUGGUUGAUUUAUGUCUGUUUUUUGGGUUUGUUUGUUUUUUUUAUUUCAAUGCUGCAGUCAUCUCAUAAUGAAAGAUGUCAUUCACGGGCAGCUACGGUCUUAGCAGAACAAGAGAAGAGGUUAAUCAUGAGCACUCAUUAUCCUGGAUCUUCAUAUUUUGGAAUGUUGGACCUUUUUAUUUUGGUAAACAAACAAAAAGAUUUAUUAGAGUCAAUAAAAUCCAGUACAACAAAAGCUGUGUA